AUGUUCAAACAACAAUUAUCACCUCGUACCGUUCAUCCGUACCAAACAACAGUAGUGCCUCGAAGUGAUCAGCAGUUUACAUCUGCGGCUCAACAAAGGGCAAAGUAUCCGUGGGCGGACGAUAUUAACGCACCAAUCUAUCAAGUUGCAGGCACUGAUAGCUCCACAUCUGACAAUGCUUACCAUAUGCCUCAUUAUUACAAUGGAACAGUGAGAGACUAUGGACCACCCUCACCUGUGUAUCAGUCCCCAUAUGGAGCUGGCACUUGGCAAAAUUUCAAAAAGGGGGAUAAAGUGUUCACCCACACAGGUCCUACAGAAUCCUACUCGUUUCCACAAUGUGCUUCAGCGUUUUCGCUACCUUUAUGUGAUGUGGAACCACAUACACAAGCAGUGAGUCGCUCUCCUGUGCCACCUUUACCAUCUGUCAGUCCAGAAGUUCCUAUUAUUGGGGCUUGUGGAGGGCACUGUCCUGGAUUUGAGUAUGUUUGCUAUUACAUAUUACAGGUAAUAUUUGUAGUAGGUAUAUUAACAGGGAUAUCUUUGUGUAUCGCUGGUAUUGUACUACGACGCACAAAUCGUAAUGGUGACCUUGGUGUAUUAGUAUAUAUAGGCUGCCUCUCUUCUUGUGUGUGCGGUGUUUUGCUCGGUGUACAAUGUUGUGUGCGUCGUGAAAUCCGACAGCGGAAACUGCGCGCUAACAUGCAUUUACCAAUGCAAUCAAUACAGGAGCAGCCCGGACAAGCUUACCCAUUACUGGCAUCUACUUUACCUCAUAGUCAAGUAUACAGACCAACUGUAAACAUAUGUGCUGAAGAAGAUGUGACCGGAGUUCCUUGGUGGCGCCGCACUAACAGAGACUGA